GUACUUGCUAGCUUUUACUUCGCAACUGUAAACAUAAGUUGAACAUGUUUGGACUUGUAUGAUUCGUACAUUGGAUUAGCUUACGGCCAAGGAUUGAAAAAAAUUCAUCCUUCAAAUACUUAGAAUUUAUCGAUACCUCGUGCACAUGUUAGCCAAAGUAAAUAAAGGUACCUGAUCAUCUCAACCUCAUCCCCCCACCAACGCAACAUAACAAAAACGUAAAAGCCUCGACCUGAGAUGAGGUUCGGACUUCUUAUACCGGCGGCAACAGCCGCGCUAGCUCUGCUGGAGCAACAGAAUGAGCAGGAGGUCCUAUCUGCGGGAGAGAAGAAUGGAGAGGAGCAGAGGGGAGCGGAUAGAAGCCCAUUGGACUCCGACUUUAAGGCCUUCACGCAAGCGGCGCUCGACCGGUGGAAAGUCCCGGGGGUGUCGGUUUCUGUUGUUGACGGGGAUGACAUAUGGGCCGAGGGUUACGGCAUCGCGAGUUUCCCCUCGACGCGCGCGACGCCGUCGACGCUGUACUACACCGGCAGCACGACCAAGGCGUUCACGGCAGCCGUGCUAUCGCUUCUCAUCGCAUCGGGGAACUUCACUUCUUUCGCCUCCUCUUCUUCCUCUUCUUCCUCUGGUGUGAAGAUCGCCUCCUCCUCCCCGCUCGGCUGGCAGACCCCCAUCUCGCAUCUGAUCCGCGACGACUUCGUCCUGCCGCCCGGGCACGAGUGGGAGGCCGCGCACCUGACGCUCGAGGACGCGCUGUCGCACCGCACGGGGUUCCCGCGGCACGACAAGGCGCUCGCGCGGCGGUACGGGCCGGAGCCCGAUCACUCGCACUCGCACUCGCACCCCCACUCCCACCGGGGCACCCCGCGCGACGUCGCCCGCAGCCUGCGGCACCUGCCCGCGGUGUCGGAGCCGCGCGUGGGGUGGCGGUACUGCAACCUCAUGUACAUGGUGGCCGCGCACGUGAUACAGACGCUGACGGGGCGGUGGCUAGGCGACGAGAUGAGGGAGCGGAUCUGGGAGCCGCUGGGUAUGCACGGGACGUAUUUGAGCGUGGAGGAGGCGCUGGGGGCGGGCAGGGAGGUGGCGAGGGGGUAUUAUUGGGAUUAUCAGGGGGAGGGGAAGGGGAGCAGCAGUGAUAAGGAUAGGGGUAAGGAUAGGGAUGGUGAGCAAGGAAAGGGGUGGUUCAUCCCAGUCCCAUACGCAAACCUCGACCUCGCGAGCGGCGCCGGGGGUAUCGUCAGCAACGUGCUAGACUACGCGCGGUGGAUCCGGUGUCUGAUCCGCGGCGACGGCAGCGACGAGACCGAAAACGGCUGUCCGGUAUUACCUCCCUCGGCACACCGCGAGCUGAAGCUAGCGCGCAUCGCGCUGCCGCCCGAGACGCGGCUGAGCUUCGACGCGCCGCUCGCGUACGCGCUCGGCUGGGAGCUCGGCACGUGUAAGGGGCGGCGGAUAUUCACGCACGGCGGGGGCAUGGAGGCGUACGGUGCGGAGGUGUACUUCCUGCCGGAUCUGGGGUUCGGGGUGGUCACGCUUGCGAACACGGCUGUGACGAGUAAUUUGCUGGGUAUGGAGCUUGCGUGGAAGCUGAUCGAUGACAAGUUGGGUGUUCCGGAAGAGGAGCGGUUCGACUGGGUUAGUCGCGGAAAGAAAGUCCUCGAAACCCAGCUCAGACUCGCUGAGACGGCUAUUCAAGACUUAUAUCCGGAACGCGCAGACCCUCCGUUACCUCACGCGCUUCCCCUUGAAAAAUACGUCGGGGUCUACUCUCAUCCAGCAUAUCAAAACAUCACGCUACAGUUGACUAGCGAGGACUCGGCAGAGAAGAAAGGAGAGCAGCUUAGAGCAAUCCGGGACGACAUGGAAUGGCAGAUGACGUUUGAUUUCCACCACGUCUCCGGAGAGUUCUGGGCCGUGGUUAUCGAUUUCCUUAACACGCCCAACAUGCUCAACGGUCAGCGGGCUCGGGCUCAGUUCGAAAUCAGCGUGAAGGGGACGGUAGAUAAGCUGAAAAUGGAGUUCUUGGAGGACGGAAGCGAGGGUAUUAUAGUGUUUGAUAGAGUUGCCUGAUAAUAUAAUUUCUUGGUAUAUGGUAGUUAGGUAACUAUAUCCGUCUCAACAGUCAUGAAUGGAGCGUGAAGGAUAUUCCGUGAGGCGACCUUGGAGAUAAUGAUUGACUCAUAGUCAUUGACAGUGGUAAAGCGAUCUCGAUUACCCUUUCUAUAACAUGAGUCGAUCUUCUAGGUGUAUUUUCAGUGUCGUACGAUUAGAA